AUGACUUCGAUUAUAGCAGGGACAGUUCCUUGGCAUGAUGGCGAAGAGAGGAUGCACCGAUUGAUGCGAGUUCCUGAUAUGGACAACCCCGCUGUGCCAUAUCUCAGCGCCAACGGAGGCUAUUUCUUGACACAGGCUCCCCUGAUUGCAGUGGGAACAGUGGACUCCCAAGGGCGGCCCUGGACUUCAAUAUGGGGCGGCAAAAAAGGGUUUCGCUGGGCCCAUUGCCGAAUCCACAAUCGGGCUCAAGACAGCGCCAGGCCAUCGAUGAAAGAGGGAGCUCCAAGGCAAUCGCCUGGAAACAUGGUCUCCGGACUCGCGAUUGAUCUAGAGCAUCGACGACGAUGGAAGCUUUUUGGUAGAAUGGUAGCGGGAUCUCUGGACGAGGAACUGGGACAAGUACAGUUGGCUGUCCACAUCGACGAGAGCCUCGGAAAUUGCCCCAAAUACCUGAACAAAAAGCACGUCGUGCCUGUGCGCCCAAGUCCAACCUUGAAAUCCGACUCACCACAGCUUCCAGCAACAGCGAUAGAGCUGCUGUCCCGCGCGGACACCAUCUUCGUAUCCUCGAGGCAUGGCACAUCAGAUAUGGAUACAAAUAUUCGCGGCGGACCUCCUGGAUUCGUUCGACUGGAGUCUAACAAUGGCCAUGCAGUUCUUAUUUAUCCAGAAUACUCAGGGAAUCGACUGUAUCAGACUCUCGGAAACCUGCAGACAACGCCUUUAGCCGGUUACGUGGUUCCAGACUUUGAGACUGGAGAUGUCCUGUAUCUCACAGGACGCGCUGAAGUGUUGGUUGGACAAGAUGCUGCGGCCGUUCUUUCACGAUCAAAUCUUGCAGUCCGCGUCACUGUCGCAGCGGCAUUCUUCGUGGACAAGGGACUGGCCUUUCGAGGCCACCCCGGUGAACCAUCCCCAUAUAAUCCUGCCGUGCGAUACCUCUCGACAGAGAAGAGUUUUCCGAACGAGGUAGAGAAAGGCGCAGAGACGUCUGCGACGCUGAUCAAGAAGGAAACAAUAACACCCAAAAUUUCCCGAUUCAGGUUUCGCUACAACAGUCCCAAGCCAAUCUCCUGGACUCCCGGUCAAUAUGCGACACUAUCCUUCCAGGACGAGUUAGACAUGGGCUACAGCCAUAUGCGUGACGAUGAUCCAGCAAGCCUAAACGAUGACUUCGUCCGCACAUUCACUGUAUCCUCAUAUCCAGACCGUGGCCUUGCCAGCAAUGAAUUUGAGAUGACGAUCCGUCGCCACGGAAAUGUCACCAACCAUCUCUUCCGCACGAACGAGCGAGCGGGCCUCGAAGUCCCACUGAAAGGAUUUGGUGGCAAUUUCCACAUCGCGACCCACACUGGGUCCAUCGUACCAUUCGUUGCGGGGGGCAUAGGAAUCACACCCCUGCUUGCCCAGCUCCCGGAUCUCGAUAUUGCUCAGUUGCGCCUGUUCUGGUCGGUUUCAAUCACUGAUAUAGGCUUGGUAGACGAUACGUUUCAUCGGUGGCCCGAGCUACCACGAUCCACAGUUAUCUUUGUCACGAGUCUGGACCCAAAUAGCCAUCCAACCAAGUUGGACACGCUUCAUCUAUCUGGGGCACGGGUUGUGCGACGCAGAAUGCAAGCGGGAGAUUUGGACCCGUUGCUGUCUGAAACGUGGUAUCUGUGCGCCGGCAAUGCAUUGAAGCAGAUGGUGGUGGGGUGGCUCGAAGAAAAGCACGUAAUUUAUGAAGAUUUCAACUAUUAA